AUGCGUUUGCCCCACUUCCUCUCUUCCCGGUUGCAGGCCGGCCGCACGUCGUUGCGCACGCGCGGGCACCAAUCCGGCGGCGUGCUCCGCGCCGGGGGGCGUGGCGUCGCCGCACGCGAGGCCGGGGUCGCCGGGCGGAGUCGCGUCCUGGCGUCCUUGGCGGCGGCCGCAGGGCGCGGGCCGCUGCUCCACCGACCCCGCGGCAUGCUGCUGCUGCUGCUGGCCCUGGGCGGCCGCCGCGCAGCGGGGCUGCGGCCCGGCGGGACGGGGACGAGGGCCACGCGGUGCGCGGUCGCCUCCUGGCGUGCGGCCUCCCGCGCCGAGCUCCCGCCACUGCCGGACGGCCGGCUUCUGCCGCGAGCCGAGCCCCGGCCGCCACCGCGGCCAGCGCAGAUACCUGUUUGUUGGAAGCAAUGUGUCCGCUGCUUACAUACAGAAUACAAUAAACCAGAAGAUGGAAGGCUGAUCUAUACUGGGAACCUGGCCCGCACAGUAUUUGGUGUGAAAUGUUUCUCUUAUUCGACAAGUGUGAUGAGCCUUACGUUUUUACCGUAUCUUCUCUCACAGACUAAUGUGACAUUUGGAAGUCUGCCUUUGCAGAUCUUAUUUUAUGGGAUCAUGGGAAGCUUCACCAUGAUCACUCCCGUUCUGCUCCACUUCCUUACAAAAGGCUAUGUCAUUCGGUUGUACCAUGAAGCCUCAACCGACACUUACAAAGCCAUUACUUACAACGUUGUGCUUUCCGAAACCAGCACAGUGUUUCAUCAAAAUGACGUGAAGAUUCCAGAGAGCUCACAUAUAUUCACCACCUUUUAUGCUAAAACGAAGUCAAUGCUGGUCAACCCAGCGCUCUUUGCAAACCCCGAGGACUAUAACCAUCUAAUGGGUUAUGACAAACCAUUCACUUUUGAUAAAGAAGAAGUCAGUGAGAAGCUGCAUGAGGAUGAAAAAUGAAUCUCUUCUUUGUUUUUGCUUAAAUGUCAUGUAUGUUUCAGUGUGUAAUAAGAUGGCCUAUGUUUUCUUAUUGUUAGUGAAUGUUGGUGUAGUAUUUGCCUUACAUGAGGCCCUGGGUUUGACCCUCAUCACAUAAGUAGGUGUGCUGGUGUGCACCUAUAAUCCCAGCACUUGGAAAAUGGAGGUAGGAAGAUCAAAAAUUUGGAGUCAUCCUUGGUGGUGUAGUAGGUUUGAGGUCAGCCUGAACUGUGUAAGACCCUGUCUUAAAAACAGAAAGUUUUCUCUUUGCAUUGGUGAUGCAAACCUUUAGUUCCAGCACCGGGAGGCAGAGGUAGGCGAAUGUCUGUGAGUUUGAGGCCAGCAUGGUCUCAGUUUUAGGACAGCCAGAGUUAUUAACACAGGGAAACCCCUCUCUCAAAAAACAAAACAGCAACAACAAAAAGCCCCAAAAGUUGAAACUAUCAAACAGAAUGUCUAAUUAAUUUUCAGAUAUUGAUGUUCCUGUGUAAUAAAAUGUUUAAAAACAA